UACACUCAUAAAUAUAUCGGGAAGUGCAAUGGACUGGGUAUACUACAACAUAAUUGGAGGUGUAUUCCUCUCCUCAACUUCUUUUAUCUUUAAAGUAAACAUUUAUAAUAACCUCAUACAUUGAAACUCAAACAUAAUUAAUAGCAGUUGUCUAUUUUUAGAUAUCCAAUAUGAAAAACGCUUCAUAUUUGGCAGAAGUGCAUGCAAUUUGCUAUUUAUACCCAAGAAAGCAAAAUUUAGGAAAUGUAUAAAUAUAUACAGAAACAAAAGAAGAAAAAAGUCUGAUAUGGAUCAGAAGUUGAAAAGGAGUCGAGGAAUUGGAGCGGAAGAUAGAAUGAGUGGUUUGCCGGAGCAAGUUUUGUGUAGCAUUUUGAAAAACCUUGAAACAACACAAGUAGUUCAAACCAGCAUUUUGUCUACAAGAUGGCGACACAUCUGGACCCAAGUUAACUGUUUUCAUUUCUGUGAUUUUCCGAUCACCGGUCCCAGUAGAAAAUAUAAUACACAAGAAAGAUUGCAAAAGAAUAGGUUGGUGAAUUUCGUGAACCGGGUGCUCAUGAUUUACCCCCUUCCGUCAAUGAAAAGGCUUCGUCUUCACCUAAUGCAUCAACAUUCAACUUCAGAUGUUGAUUCUUGGAUUUGGUCUGCAAUUAUCCGUAAUAUUCAAGAGCUCGACCUUUUCUCCGGAAUGGAAGGUCCUAUCCAGCUUCCUCGAUUUCUCUUUACUCUUAAAUCUUUAACGAUUUUGAGUCUCAAAUCUAAAAUUGGUAUCAACAAUCUCCCCGAGUCUAUUCUCUUGCCAAGUCUCAAUCGUCUUCAUCUUGAGGACUUUGCAUUAGCUGAUGAUUCUGUUAUAGUCAGGUUCUUAUCUGGCUCCCCAACUCUUGAAGAACUGGUACUAGAAAAUGUUCGUACGCAGGCCCUGUGCGUAUCUUCAUCUUCCCUGAAACGUUUCAAGAUUAAUAACAAUGCUUGGUAUAAUCGACAAGAACAGAGUUGUAGGAUUGUUAUUGAUGCUCCUAACCUUGAAUUUCUUGAGCUACGUGAUUUUCAUACUAGUCGUAUAUACAAGGUUGAGGUUAAAAAUUUAGAUUCCAUUGCUAAUGUGCUUCUUCAUAUUGUGAAUCUUUGCGACAAUGCAGUUGAUGUUCUGAUGCAAAUCUCUAGUGUCAAAGUCUUAAGCUUACCUUUAAUCUCGGUUCAGGUAAAUCAGAAUUUGCCAUGCUUGAAAAAAUUGACUCAAUUGGUGGUGACAUGUUGGGAAAAGGAUGGGUCCAAUUUUCUUAACAUUCUUGGAAUGGCACCUAAUUUGAAACUUCUCGCGCUUGAAAAGAGUUUUGGUCGUGCAAUUCCUAGAGGGGCUUUGAGCGACGAACAAUGUGUACCAGAGUGCUUAAAGUCAUCCCUUGAGAGGUUUGAAUGGGAAUCAUUUCAAGACAUAGAAGGAGAUAUGGAAACGUUAGAAUUUGUGCUAAGAAAUGCUAAGGUACUGAAGAAAGUUAGAAUAUCAGCUGUGUUUUAUCGUAAAAAGACGGAAUCUGAAAAAAAGCUUAUGGAGAAGCUAUCAAGGUUUUCAAACAUUAAUAGUAUAAUGGUGUCAUGCCGUUGAUGUUCAAGUCCACAUUCUCAUAAAAUGUAUUCUACUUCAAUCCAAAACUCCGCAUUAAUUCUUCUUCCUUCUUCGCUGCCUCCUUUCCAGUUCUUUCUGGUUCUUGAUUGCCUUCAGGAAUUGUGUUCUGCGGAGCAAUCUCAGCCGGGUUCGAUAUCUUCUUCUGAGACUAAGUCAGUUUGUCUCGAUCCUGACAGAAUGCAGUUUCAGUUUCAGAUUAGAAAAUAGAAAUUUUAUAGCUUACCAUUUUGAUAUUAGUCCAUGUGAACUUUGUAUUCUGCAUGAAUUUGAGCAGCAAGUGACUAAAAUAGCUGAUUCUGCUAACACCGAACACUUGAACUGCGUAAAUUUUACGUCUGUCAUUUGAAUUAAUUAACAUUAUUUGAGGAAUUUUCAAUCAACCGAAACAGAAAUCUAGAAGUCAUGACUACUGAUCUCGACAGCUUGUGAUUGAUUUAUGAGCUGAAUGAUAAUUGGUGUCAAGCUCAGCUCUGGUUCUGCUACUAAACACAGUAAAUACCGAACAAAGCAAAGCGCAUACACACGAAAAUGUCCGAAAUUUGAUAGUUUUCAGAACCAUGGACCCAACUUCGUUCAGAUCUUUAAAUUCGAUUCGCAGAUGUGGGCAGUCUUUUUGUAGAUGCAAGCAUAUAAGGAUAAUGCAUUG